ACUAUUGCCAACAGUGGUAUAACGUACGUAUGGAGGCUAUGCUAAAUAUUCGAGUCUCCCUAUCUAACAGUGUGCAUAGAGGUCCAACUCCGUCUGACAUACUGCAAUAAAGAGAACAGAAGUCGAAAACAAAUCUAAUCGAGAGAAGAAGAAAAAGAAGGGUUAAACCAUAUGACUAGUACGCGUUCGACACCGGGAAAAAACCGGAGCACGACACUGGACCUUGUGCCUAACACUGCCAGAGUGUUCUAGUGUAGUUAUCCACCUUCAGUUCAGGCUAGCUGCUAUCUCGACUGUCAGUGCAGCCACACAUUGCUCUCGUGAACGCAUAUUGCAUUGCUCCUAAUUUUAAAAUGGCCUACGGAGGAGGAGAGACUCCGCAGAUGGCGCUGGAUCGCGCGAUCAAGGCAGGCGUCGUGGAGGCGAGAAGGGACUCCACCUUCUACUGCAACGUCUGCGAAAAGGCUCUCAAGUCUAAGGACACGAUAAAGGCGCACCUCAGAACCAACGUCCAUUCGAAGAACUCCAUAGACUACGACUGCGCUCCCAGGAGGAAAACUGUCCAGCAACAAAAGGCAAUGCCAAGGGAACCAUCAGGCAAGUCAACUUCUGCGAGAUCUCUCCAGGACAUUUCCAAGGACUCCGUGACAAGUGACGACCUGGAGAGAGCUAUCAGACUUGGAGUAGUGAUUGAACCAAAACGCCCAGGAGAUUCAUAUUACUGCAGUUCUUGCGAGAAGCCUCUCAAGACAAAGCAAACGAUGAGGGCUCAUCUCUCGACACCGACCCAUCUGAGCGAGAUACAAAAGGUAAUGCCAAAGGAACCAUCGGGCAAGUCAACUUCUGUGAGAUCUCUCCAGGCCACUCCCAAGGGCUCCACGACAAGCGACGACCUGGAGAGAGCUAUCAGACUUCGAGUAGUAUUUGAACCGGAUAGCCCAGGAGAUUCAUAUUACUGCAGUUCUUGCGAGAAGCAUCUCAAGACAAAGCAAACGAUGAGGGCUCAUCUCUCGACACCGACCCAUCUGAGCAAGACGGACGUCAGGACCGCAAUUCCACAAUUUCUCUCAUCUCCGGGACCCCAAAAGCAGGUGGCAAAAUUAGCUCCAGAUGGUGACGGACGAGUUAACAUCUGUAACAGUUCUAAACACGGGUCGAGCAGGCAUUACGACAGAGCAAAUCCUGUGGAGAAGGCUUUCGCAGAUGGAAUCCUGGUAGACGAGGGUGCUGGCAAAGAUAGCAAAGGCCCAUUCUGGUGCAGUGUCUGCAACCAGACACUGAAGACCUUUGGAAAGCUCAGUGCUCAUCUCUCCAGCAAGAAGCACAAUGGAAAGCUCGUGAAAAAGAACCUGUGUGCCGGAGGGAAAGACGACCAGAGAUGCAAUGGAGAGACGUCAGAUUCCUCUGGUUCCGAUUCCUGUGGCUCGGAGUCCUACAGUUCCUCUCCCUCUGAUUCCGAUUCCUGCGAUGAUGACGAAGACGAUGAAGACGAACGACUGGUAUCGAAAGCCCUGCGUGAUGGCAUCCUUCAGGACGACACGUUGACUCACCCCAUGUCGCCGUAUUGGUGCAAAGUCUGCCUGCUGUCACUGAGGCAGUACAGAAGAUUAGCUGGUCAUCUUCGCAGCAACAAGCACAGGGCCAAGGUCUCUGACUCCUCCUGUCGCCUGUGGCAGCUGCCCAAACCUGAAUCUAGCCUCAAAGGAAGUUGGAAACCAUCGAGACUGCACGAGACUCAAAUCGACAAAUUAGGUUCAAAUUCCGAUUCUUCUUCAGAGGAUGAAUGGGAGAAUACAACAGACACAUCUUCAGCUACAGACUGCUUCUUAUUGGCCAUGGACUUUGCUAACAAACUAAAGAAAUUACCAAAGGAAAAGAGUAUGAUUGCUCAGAAAUUAAUCAGUGAUAUUCUAUUUGAAGCCCAGAGAGGUUGUCUUAACAAAGACGCAAAAAUCUGUUAUGAGAAACAUCUGUAAUGAUAUUUUUGCUAUGGUAAUGUAUUCAUUUCUAAAAGAAGCCUCUGAACUAUAAAUGGGUAAUACUGCUAUUUCUGACUUGACUGUACAAAGGACGCCAGGAAGUGGUUGUUUCAAAUAAAAGUGGCAGUUGCCAAGGUCAAAGUACUGUACUGGCUUGUUCCGUGCUCUUCUUACCUCUCAGUCAAAAGUGACGUUACUCGUUUCCUCACUGAAGUUGAUCUUAUUUGAAGAAAAUCUGCCACUAAAAUGUUGGAAUUGUCUCACAAGGUUCACUGAACCCUUAAUAAGCCUACAAAAAUACAUGUAGACGAUCUUAAUACAGAAACUAACAACAUAUGGUAGACUUUCUAGGUACCAAAGAAUUGGGAGGGGAAUACCAAGUCAUCAGACAGCGAGCUGUGUAACCUACGUACUGUUGUUCACUUUAGUUUUCUAAUAUAUGUCUGCACUUUUUCGAUGUGGGUGCUAGCUCCACGCCUAUUUCUAAGCUCCAAAAGACAUUUUGAGCUCCAUAUCUGAGCAAUCUGCACAUUGUUAUCAAUCUGUCCUCAGUUUUUCUCAAGUUUAAAAUUGCUUAGAUCUGUCAGCCUGAAGCAAUCACCGUUACACUGAGUGGACAGACACGUCCUACCUACGUGUCACAGCCUCUAAAAGGCUUACAUGAGGGUUUUCUUUCUUUCCGUUCUCCUGAAUGACAAGUAAGUCACCAAAUAGCUUCCCCUCCUCCCCCCCAUCCCCCUCAGUAUUCUUUGCAGUCUUCUGGCCAUCAUCAAAGAAUGAAAGUUCUAGAGGGAAGCGCCCAAUCUGACACGUGUAUGCGUAGAUGGCAUCAGGUCUGCGUAGUAUCCUCUGGGCGAGGGUAUCAUUGUGAAAGGGUUUGCAAAUAAAUGGGUACCAAGAAUCAAAACAGGAACCAUAGUGGCAUCCAUUAGUUGUGAGGUCAGAUGACGAUGACUGGGACUCACAAUAUACUUAAAAAUCCAAAAUGCUUUUUAGUCGUAACAAAAUGAUUAUACAGAUAGCGAUAAAAUAAGUGAUGCUACUAAAAGCGUGAGAACAAUCAGUGUACCUGGUUUACUUCGCAUUUCCAUCUGACGACAUUUCAUUACGUUUAUUUUUAUAAAUCUUAAACUUCCUUUUAUGCAUUCAGUUGACUGUCGUCUGCUACAAAAUAUCAUACCAAAGUUCUUCAGUCCUUUCACUGUACAUCUAAUUGGUAUUCAAAGGCCCUUUACUAUAGACUAGGAUGUGUGGUGUUUCCACACUGUAUUUUGAAUAGUAACCACACAUGCACAUACAGGCAGUCCCCGGGUUACGACGGGCUCGGCUUACAAUGUUCCGAGGUUAAGGCGCUUUUCAAUUAUCAUCAGAAAUUAUUUCCAAGGUUACGAUGCAUGUUCCAGGGUUACGACGCCUACAACGCUCGUCUGGCAGAAGAAAUAUAACACCAAAGAUGCAUAAUAAUCAAUACUUGAAGGUUUUUUUGAUGAAAAAUGCAAUAAGAGUGCAGUUCAUAUAGUUUUCAAUGCACCCAAAUCAUUAAAAGUAAGGUUUUCUUAGGAUUUUUGACAAUGUUCCAGCUUACGACGAUUUUCGGGUUACAACGCGUCUCAAGAACGGAACCCCCGUCGUAACCCGAGGAUUGCCUGUAUAUGUGUAGUAACAAAAUCAUACAUCAAGAUUUCUGACUCUGACCGUAGCUCAGGGGAACGCCCCACAUCAAACACAGCUCCCGAUAUACAUAAAGUACUGUAUGUAAAGAAUAAACGCACGAAACUAUAGUUAAGUUGAAUAUUGGUAAUUUGGGAGGUGUCUAAGUUUUCGGAUACCAAGAACAGCACUCACUUUUCUAAUAUUGUAUAUUUGUCAACAAUGCAGGAGGCAUCACCAGCCCCAAGAAGUCAUAUAGAAGUUCUGUAGGAAAGCCCAGAACUCAGGCCCCUUUUUUUUGUUUAUACAGAUAACAAUAAUAUUAGUGUUGCUACUGAAAGUUGAAUAUUACUACUGUAACACUAUUCCCUUAUAUAUAUUAGUAUGGCGUAAGCUUAGAAUUGACACUUUCACAAAAGGGUAAAUUGGGUACCGUGAAUUUGACACUGUUUUAUGAUAGAAAAUGAGCUUUUUACAUUCUAUUUUCAUCAUCGCGAUGACGAAAAUAGAGUGGUAAUGACCGAAAAAUUAAUUUUCCAUCAUUGAAAAACAUCAAAUUCAUGGUGCACAAUUUACCAAAUCACUUAUGAGAUAACCCAAGGAGCUAAGACUUCCUUUCUGCGGCAAUUAUGGCAAAGCCAGCCAGCAGCCUCAGAAAAAUUCCGAAUCAAAAUGCAGAUGCGCCGAUUUCUUGACGUUCUUA